UUUUUUUAUUGUUUUUCUUUUCUCUUUCUCUUUUUUUCAUAUCAAAAAAAAUGACCGGUGCUUCCAGAACUUAUAGCAAGACCUACAAGGUACCUAAGCGUCCUUUCGAAUCCGCUCGUCUUGAUCAAGAAUUGAAGUUGGUUGGUGAAUAUGGUCUUAAGAACAAGAAGGAAGUAUGGCGUGUGGGAUUGACCUUGUCCAAGAUCCGUCGUGCUGCUCGUGAAUUGUUGACUUUGGAUGAAAAGGAUCCUCGUCGUCUCUUUGAAGGUAAUGCCUUGAUUCGUCGUCUUGUCCGUAUUGGUGUCUUGACUGAAGACCGUAUGAAGCUCGAUUACGUUUUGGGUCUCAAGAUUGAAGAUUUCUUGGAACGUCGUCUUCAAACUCAAGUAUUCAAGUCUGGUCUUGCCAAGUCUAUCCAUCAUGCUCGUGUCUUGAUCCGUCAACGUCACAUUCGUGUUGGUAAGCAAAUCGUCAACGUUCCUUCCUUCAUUGUUCGUUUGGAAUCUCAAAAGCACAUUGACUUUGCUUUGACCUCUCCCUAUGGUGGUGGCCGUGCUGGUCGUGUCAAGAGAAAGCGUGCUGCUGCCGCUGCUGGUGGUGAUGCCGAAGAAGACGAAGAAUAAACUAUAUAUAUUUGGUUAUUUUCCCUCUAUUCUUACUUGGUUGGUUUGCCUUUUUGGUUGGUCCUCUAUGGUUGAUGUUGUUUUGAACCUUUGCAUUCUUUAUAUAUAAUA